AGUCUAGGUCAUUCCCUCGCAUCCUGCAGGAACAAGUCGUGAAUGCUGAACAAGAGCAGGGAGGUGAAUUUCUUCUAUAAGAAACAAUAUAAGCAUGUUUUUAUUGCGAGUGAUUAUUCUACUUGUUGGUGUGCAUUGCUACAUUUUUCUUUCUGCGCUUAUUUAUCAUUAUCUGGAGCGACCGGGUCAACUGGAAACGGUAAAUCACUUGGAGCAAGUCGUGGAGACGCAUUUUGUCCCGAGUAGGCCAAAAAAGAGCAAGCAAGAAAUUGUAGACGAAAUCAAGACUGCUUUUGAGAAAGAUGACCAAGUUGAGAAGCAAAGAGCUUUUAAAAGUCUUUGGAAAUGCUACCUGUUUUCACUGACGACAAUUACAACCCUUGGCAACAGUGGCUUAUAUUUACAAUCAGAUGGAAGUCGUUUGUUCUUCAUCUUCACAACUGCUAUUGGGAUCGUUCUCUAUGUCAGCCUGGUUCAUCACAUUGGAAUAAUAUUGUUUACAAUUUUCAAAGACAGUGUCGAGUUUUCAAUUAAACAAAGGUUUGAUGAGCGGCAUUUUAUCCAAUAUAAAUCUUUUUCUAGGCUUGCCAUCCUUCUCUUUUCCUACUUAAUUACAUUCAUAUCUCUUCUCGUUAUUGGACUUGGGGCUGUUAUGUCUGGUCAUGGCUAUCUAUUUGGUUUGUAUGUUGUCUUUGACUCUGCCUUUGCUGUGGGCAAUUUCAGUAUUCUUACCUAUGUUUACCCAUGGAAUGAGAUUGGAUUUGCCUUAUCAGUGAAUUUGAUUAUUUUGAUGUCUUUAAGUGUUAUGUACACUUCAGUCUACCUGACAUUCCAAUAUGCAAGAGGAAGUGAUUUUGAUGAGUUAAUUAAAUAUUGGUGGAACUCUGAGGAUACUGGACAUGAUUAUAAGAUGAUCAGCCAAGAUGAAGAGAGGCCCUUUAAGAAGUUUAUGAGUCAAAGCAAACCAGAGGCAACCAAAGCAAACAAAAAGAUAGAGAGUGACAAAGCCCCCCUUAUUAUGAAGAAUGAUGAAUAUGAUGGAAACCCCUUUUUAAGUGAUGAUGAUGAUGAUGGUGAACAAGAAUGUGGCACAGACAGCAUUUCUGGGAAAGGUCCAGACUCCUUAACACCAGCAUUUCUGAGCACUGUAUCAGAGAAUGGAGAGAGAAGCAAUGGGCUUGUAAAGGAAGCAGAAAGCGGAACAACAGAGGUACCUAGGGACUCACAACACUAAAGAACUAUGACUGACUGCUCAUUUAUUGCAAGGAGUUAUAGUAUUGAAGAACACUGUAAGUGGAGAUAUCUGAAAGCUAUGGCUUUUUCAAGCCUUUUAAAUUACCAUAAGUUACAAUCACCCUGCCUGUUAGUUUGUCAUCACUGCAAGCACUUUACAAUCAAACACAAUACAUCAGUUUGGAUAUUAAUGUUGAGUGACCUCUCUUUCAUAACUGGAUUUAAAAUGUAACAUUAGCCCAAAUCUAGGAUAAUAAGAUUUCAGUAAAUCAAGGACCGCAACUAUGGAGGGGGCGGGGGCAUGUGGAGUCUGACAUCCAUUUAGGGGUCCUUAGUAUGCAAAUUGUCAAACUUGUCAACAAAUAGAAGAUGGCUCACCCUUUUUUGCAAAUGGGAGGUGGAUAACUGCUUGAGCACAAUGCCUGGUGCUGACCCUAAGUAUUGAAAGCAAAGCCAGCCAUGAUGAACUAAUCAAAAUAGUAUUUUUUGAUGUUGCCUUAGAUUAUGCCAAGAUAUUAUAUCCUUCAGUUCUUAGACUUAAAGAAUACUCAAAUUUUUAAGACAAAGUAUUUUCAAGACGAAGUAUUUUCAAGACAAAGUAUUUUCUUUAUUGUAGUUUAGUAUUAAAAUAGUAUGUUUCCGUUUUCGGCCUUAGUCGAUAUUUAUAGUUUUAUCAACAGUUUGAUUUUAAGGCAUGGCCAAGGAAAGCUAAUCGUUGGAGAGUGCUGUGGAUGAAUAAUAUUAUAAUCAUUAUUUUCAAUCAUGUGCAAUUUUAUUGCAUAUCAUUUUUGGCCUCAGUAUUUAAACUGCAAUAUUUAAGAAAUUUGUUUAUGAAAUUAGAAUUUUAAUCAUUUAAUCACAUACAGCUCAUACCAAAAAA